CCGGGCAGGGCUGACUUCCGAGACAGACGCGGAAGUGUUGGGAGGCGCCGGCGGCCGAUUUGGUUGCAAGAUUUCUGGCCCUGCGGUCGGCUCUGGGAACCUCCUGUGGAGCUAAAUCAUUAGAGGCCCGAUUCCGCCAGCCCCGAACGGACUAAGACAGCGCUCCUGCCCGCUCCUUGGUGUAGGGGCCGAUGCCGGCCGCGUCCUGGAGCCCCCGUAGCGGGGCUGGACCAUGAGCCUGCUGGGCGGCCUCACUUCCUCGCCGCGGGCCCCGCUGCAGUCCAGCAGGGCCAGGAUGAAAAAGCUCCCGAGGAAGAGCCAGAACGAGAAGUACCGACUGAAGUACCUGCGGCUGCGCAAAGCGGCCAAAGCCACGGUGUUUGAAAAUGCUGCUAUUUGUGAUGAAAUUGCUCGUCUUGAGGAGAAAUUUCUUAAAGCAAAAGAAGAAAGGAGGUACUUGCUAAAGAAGCUCCUCCAGCUUCAGGCUCUAACUGAAGGGGAAGUACAGGCUGCAGCUCCUUCCCACAGCUCCAGUUUGCCCCUGACUUAUGGUGUGGCCAGCUCUGUGGGAACUAUACAGGGAGCUGGGCCCAUUUCUGGGCCCAGCACUGGGGCUGAGGAACCAUUUGGGAAGAAAUCCAAGAAGGAGAAAAAAGAAAAAGGCAAAGAGAACAACAAACUGGAAGUUCUGAAGAAAACAUCCAAGAAAAAGAAAAUGGAGGGAGGUGCUCGCAAGCUGGUUCAGCCCAUUGCCCUGGAUCCCUCAGGACGGCCUGUGUUCCCCAUCGUACUAGAGGGUCUAACAGUAUAUAGCCUGGGGGAGAUCAUCACCGACCGACCUGGCUUCCAUGAUGAAAGUGCCAUCUACCCUGUGGGCUACUGCAGUACUCGAACAUAUGCCAGCAUGAAGUGCCCAGACCAAAAGUGUCUCUAUACCUGUCAGAUCAAGGAUGGUGGUGUGCAGCCUCAGUUUGAAAUUGUUCCUGAAGAUGACCCCCAGAAUGCCAUUGUCAGCUCUUCUGCAGAUGCUUGUCAUGCAGAACUGCUCAAGACCAUAAGUGCUACUAUGGGAAAAUCAAUGCCUAACCUGCUUCCAACUGGAGCUGACUUCUUCGGGUUUUCUCAUCCAACCAUCCACAACCUGAUCCAAAGUUGUCCAGGAGCUCGAAAAUGCAACAAUUACCAGUGGGUGAAAUUUGAUGUGUGCAAACCUGGAGAUGGGCAGCUACCACAGGGACUGCCAGAGAAUGAUGCAUCUAUGAGCUUUGAAGCCUUUCAGCAACAGACCUUUGAUGAUCAUAGUGAUCCCAUUCUGCCAGGAUCCUUGGAUCUUCCAGAGCUUCAGCCUGCAGCCUUUGUGUCUUCUUACCAGCCCGAGUUCCUGACACAUGAACCCUUGGUAGACACUCACCUGCAGCACUUGAAGUCCCCGUCGCAGUGUAGCCCAAUUCAAUCUUCAGAUUGAACAAGAAGGGAUCAGAUACCAUAUAUUUUCAUCAUGAUGAUUUUUUUAAUUUAAACUAAAAUUUAGAAUAUAUGGAAGAAGGCAGCAAUUCAGGAGUAAAGAAGAUAUUAAAUUAACACAUUUCAUCAUGGAGGUUCCCAUGGUGAAAGUUUACCCUGGAAAAAACUUCAGCUGCUUUAUUUUUAGUAAUAAAUUUCUCUUUACAAUUCUGCUUAUUUUCA